AUGGAAGGCUUCGUGGAGUUCAAAGUCGACGGCAUUGACAUGCCUUGCAAGACGUGGUACAAGGUCUUCGGCGACCUCAAGUCCCGCCGCCCGCUCGUCGCCCUCCACGGCGGCCCGGGCAUCCCGCACAACUAUCUCCUUUCCCUCGCGGACCUCGCCGAUACGCAUUCCAUCCCUGUCGUCCUCUAUGAUCAGCUCGGAAAUGGCAACUCUACCCAUCUCCCGGACAAGAACGGCGAUACCGCUUUCUGGACCGAGGCGCUGUUCAUCGCCGAGCUGGAAAACCUCCUGAAGCACCUCGGCAUCCAAAACGACUUCGACUUGCUCGGCCAGUCGUGGGGCGGCAUGAUGGGCGCGCGGUUCGCCGCUGCGCGUCCCUCGGGGCUGAAGAACCUCAUAUUGUCGAACUCGCUUACGAGCAUGAAGCUUUGGGUCGAGGCCGCGAACAAGCUGCGUGCCCAGCUGCCGCAGGACAUCCAGGACACACUGGAUAAGCACGAAGCGGACGGAACCACCGAUUCGGCGGAAUACCAGAAUGCGGUGCAGGUCUUCUACUCUCGGCACGUGUGCCGGCUGGACCCCAUGCCCCAGGACGUACAGGCCUCUUUCAAAUGGCUCGAGAAAGACCCCACUGUCUACUACACCAUGUUCGGUCCAUCCGAGUUCCAUGUUACAGGGCCGCUCAAGGACUGGACGAUCAUCGACGACAUCCACCUCAUCAACGUCCCUACGCUCUUGCUGAACGGGCACUACGACGAGGCGCAGGAUAGCGUGCAAAUCGACUUCUUCCGAGACAUCCAGAAAGUCAAGUGGUUCACAUUCGCGGAGUCUAGCCACAUGCCGAUGUGGGAGGAGCGGGAGAAGUACAUGCGCGUCGUGGGAGACUUUUUGACCGAAGGUUGA